AUGUCGCUCGCCGAUCAUACGCUGAAGCUCACCAACACGCUCGAGCAAGCCAAGCUCGUCCCCGGCUCUGCGGCGGGGCUCAUCCCAGAGGGCUUCAAGCCGACGACCAAGCUCGAGGUUUCGUUCUCAGGCAAGGUCGUGGACGCGGGCAACUUCUUCCGCGCGGGAGAGUGCAAGCUCGUGCCUAGCAUUUCGUUCGCCGCCGAGGAGAGCGCGCCGUCGCAUGCUUCUUACACGCUCUUCCUCACGGACCCGGACGCGCCCACACCGGACAACCCGCAGUUCGCCUUCUGGCGCCACUGGGUCCUCCCCGGACUGCAGCCCCUCAGCGGGGAAUCGGUCGUCGCCCAAACGAAGCCGGCGUUGACCGAAUUUCUCGGGCCUGGUCCUAAGGAUGACUCGAAGCCUCACCGGUACCUCUUCCUGCUCUACCGUGAGCCCGAGGGUCUCGAUUUGAAGAAGGAGGAUGUUGGCGGAGAGGAAUUCGUGCAAAGGCGAUCGUGGAAACCCGCCGAGUUUGCAGAGAAGCACGGAUUGAAGCUUGUCGGCGUCAACUGGAUGACUUGCGCCGGGGAUGGCUGGACCGAGUAA